AUGGAGAUAAUUCUGAUGUUCAAAGUGUCUUUGUGUGAAGUCGAAUCAUUUUUGCCUACAAUGGAAGCCGUCUUUGAAACCUGUCCUUUAGUCACAAACGUUGCGCUGAAAGAUGAUCCAGAUUGUGUUCCUUCUGUUCAGGAUGAACAUGAUUCUAUUAUCGCCAAAGAGGAAACUCAUGCGAACAAGACUGUGAAGAGAAAGUUGGUUGUAGAAGAGUCAGUUGAACACAAUAAAAUAAAGAAAAAGAAAGCUAGAAAUGGGAGAGAAAAUCCAAAAACAUGGAAUCAAAAUGUGAACAAACAAAUAAGAGAAAAGGGUAAAACAUAUCGUGGAAAGAAAAAGAAUAAAGGUGACGUUGAAUAG